ACUGGUUUAUGACAAAGCUCGAUGUUCGCUUGUCCUUUCACGCGUCGCGGCCAACGCGAUUUCUUCAUCUGGUAAGUUGAGGGCCGCUUUGUGUCUUUAUCGAGUGACUAAGUGCGAAUCUAGUCGUCGGGGUGCAAAGAAAUUUUGAAACAACGCAAAAAUGCAAACGUCACUCUUGAUCCUGUCUUUGGUUGUCUUCGUGGGGGCCAAAGACAUGAUGCGGAGCAUAGUCUUCGACAAGAACACCCCCGACGUGUUUUACUGCCCCAUUCAGAAGCCCACAGGUUUCGACAAAAUGAUAGUCAAGGCGCGCCCUUUGAAAAAACUGUGCGAGUUCGAGGGGGAGCCCCUGCCUGACGACUACAAAAGCGACUGUUACCAGGACAUGGACGAGACGAAAUACGCAUGCAAGGAAAAAUACCGAAUUAUGAAACGGCUCAAAAAGGCUUCAGAGGAAUAACACGGCUUUGAUUAACCCCCUCCCCUUCCUUUGCUUAAUUAACUUAAUUUAUUGUAGUGGUGGGUGUUAGGUUUUCCUCUCCCUUUUUCCCGUUUUUAAUGGACGUUCUGAAGAUGGGUACGUAACAAAGUGUAACAAGAGAGGGCGCGCGCGCUUGCUUGAGGGUGGUGACUGAUUUUGUGACGUCAUCUCACUGUGAUUUUUGACAGAUGCGGAUGCAUCCGCCUGGCACUGAUGAGCCGUUCGAUGGUAAAAGACUCGCGAGAUUUAUCGAUGUUGAUAAGGAAUUUUACGUUAUGAAGAUUGAUAAGAAGACCCAUUUGAAGAACAGGCUGGGGUGACGUAGCUCUAGACACUACACUAAUGCGCUAAUUGUUGCCUUGUACACGGCCAACUUGAUUUAAACGUUUCCGCGAUAAAUUAUUGUGCUCAGAUGGCGCCUAUUUUUUUUUUUUUUUUGUAAAUAAAAUAACGCAUCUAAUUACACAAUAUUUUUUCCGUUAACUGCACAAUAAUGUCAAUAUUAAUCAAUGAUUUUGUCUAACAAAAAGUUAAAGUUUAAGUUGAGGUACAAUUACCGUGGCUCCUGGCGGCCCAUUUUACGGAAAACACCACCAUUACUUACAAAGAUGCAAAAAAUAUGUCUUACAAAUUGCACUUAUCACUUUUGGAUCACCUAAUGAUUAUUGUCAAAUUUCAGUCGUUUUUUUUUGCUUUUAAUUUCAAUUUUGUCGCGUGAUUUAAAGAGUAAUAAUGUUGUAAUCCACUCAUUUUUUAAUGGGCCAUUGAUAAU